AUGAGAGCUAAGAAUACAUGGAAACCUUCAGUGCCUUCGACUAUCUCUCACCAGAUUGGUACUCAAGCCACUCAAGAGCACGUUUUGGACUCUAAUUCUUCCAGGCUGCGACCCAUACUCAAUCCAAGGGCCGAAGCUCAAAAUGCAGAUCAAAUAAUACCGCAACUAGGCAUACAACAACAAUCAAACAACAAUGUCAUGUCCUUUGCCCCAAUGGGGAUUCAUUCUUCUGAUAACCAAGUUCCAGUUCCUGCUCUCUUGGAAGGCCCUACGACCCUGGGCCGCCAGCAGGUGCCAGCAGACCUUUCUCGGUACCGAUUCUGUGACUCGAUGCUAGUUUCGGCACCUCAAUUCCCUUUCUACGAUCCUCUCGAUGAUUCAGCACUAGCUUCGGCAGCUUCUCAAUUUCCGGUCUAUGAUCCUCUCGAUGAUUCAGCACUAGCUUCGGCAGCUUCUCAAUUUCCGGUCUAUGAUCCUCUCAGUGAUUCAGCACUAGCCUCAGCAGCUUCUCAAUUUCCGGUCUAUGAUCCUCUCGAUGAUUCAGCACUAGCCUCAGCAGCUUCUCAAUUUCCGGUCUAUGAUCCUCUCAAUGGUUCAGCACUAGCUUCGGCGCCUGAGUAUCGCGGUUAUGAUCUCCCUUUCCUAGAAUCAUCACAAGCCCUAGGCUAUUUUCGCACCGCCAACCCCGCCCCGAGUUUCCAUACUCUCAGAGUCACGAAACCACGAUCCCCUUGA